CCGCUACUGCAAUAGCAACUACCACUACUACUACUGCUACUAUCACCACCACGAUAACUACAACAGCUACUACUGCUGCUAGUAGUAUUACUACUAUUACUACUACUAUUAAAACUUGCCCUGCUCAUAAAGCCGCAACUUGAAACCUUUAAUCUUCCUUCUCACAUUGUAGUUUUUUCUAAACAGGAUGCGAAAAAAGAAAGAGAAAAAAUAACAGUACAUGAAAGGCAGCUAAAUAUAAAAAAGAAAAUAAUAAAUCAAUGGUAACUGAUAAGCUGAGCAUCCAACCAGAACGACUGACCUAUGCCAAUAAAACAAAAACAAAACAGAUCACUGAAUCUUACAAAUUAUAUGUAUAUAUAUCACCAUAUAAGCCCACAAUUUGGAUGCAGCGCAACAGCUAUGACCAGGUCGCAAUUUCGCGCGACGGAAAUUUUGGUACCAUAUUACUAACAACAAAUGUUUAAGUGAAAUUAACGGUUUCUGGAAGGCUAACAUGUACUAGCACGUUGUGAUGGUUUUACUUUCAACACACUAUCUCGCAUGAAAACACUUGCCGUGAAAGUACAUCUCCAUACCAAUGGAUUUUAUUUGUGAGGGAAAUAAAUGUGGAUUGCUUAUACAUUAGAAGGUUAUCUUUACCUGCGUGGCUAAUAAAGAAAUCUUUUACCUUACGUGAUCCAAGUGAGAGAAUUCUAAUGAAAUUGUUCCACAAAUAUUCUCAGGUGUUAUGUUUUGGCAUUGCUGCAAAACACUUUGGACGCAAACAUCAUAACCUUGCAGGUGUUCUGUUUCUUUUCUUCGUACUAUGGCUUCUGUUACAGGUAAAUGUGACAUCAAUUGUAGAUUUUGCAAGGAAAUCUCAAUAUUCUGGACAAAACAAAGGUUUUGGUUAUGAUGGCAAUGGAGAUGCUAUCUUGUCUCUGCUAAAACAAAAUGUAUCUGCAUGUGACGGCUCUUUUGUUGGCUAUGGAAAUGAGUUAGCAUUUUUCAAAAAUAUUGUUUUGAACCCUUUUAAAAAUGCUGAAUUUGUUCAGGAAACCGCUGACAAACAGUGGACAGCACCAAAAAAAAUAGUUUUUUCUGAUGGCUAUUUCUCUGUAAAAUGUAAAAAAAAGCCAUCAUAUGAAUUUAGAGGAAAUAACCAUCUCAACAAAUGGUUUUCUGUUACUCGUUUUCAGCCAGACAUUAGUAAAACUGCAAAGAUAGAACCACGUCUUACAAUAGCUGUUGAACGUUAUGAAUAUGCAAAUCUUUUUCAUUCCAUGACUGAUUUUUACAAUGCCUUUUUAAUGAUGAAGAUUUUCAAUAGUACACCUGCUGAAACAAAUAUUUUACUUCUUGAUUACCAUCCUAAAGGUCUACUUUAUAGCAUAUGGGACCAGUUGUUUAACAAUGUUAUCUUCGCUAAAGACAUCAAGGAACCUACUACAUAUAACAAUCUAGUUUGGAGUAUUAUGGGCUACAACAGUCCUCUUUAUCCUUGUGGAAAAACACCAAUAUUAUCUCAAAUAGCCUUUAGUAUACUGAAUGACUGGACACCCUUAUGGAUGUACACAAAUUCAUUAAUCUCAUAUUUGUCUCAUUUUAAAAAAUUCUUUCUUGGACAGUACCAUAUUCGAGACUAUAAGAAUCUGAACUGUCAAAACCUUUCGGUUUUAUUUAUAUGGCGCCGGGACUAUAUUUCACAUAUAUAUAAUCCUUCAGGGCUCAUUACUAGAAAAAUAAAAAAUGAAAAUGAACUAUCAGUAAAGAUUCAGAAUCUUCUCAAAGGACAUCUUGUAAGAGGGGUACAGCUUGAUAAACUCCCUGUUAAGGAGCAACUUUCUUUAAUUUCCACAACUGAUAUUUUGAUUGGCAUGCACGGUGCUGCUUUAUCUUUUAGCCUUUUUUUGCCAGACCAUGCUGCUCUUUUGGAACUCUAUCCCCGCUACUGGCCAACAACCAAUCUUCAUUUCCGCAGCAUGGCACAUUGGCGGAACCUUACAUAUCUUAGUUGGCAAAAUGUUGAUUACCUGUAUGAAAAAAAAUAUUAUUACACUUAUAUUCCACCUGUUGUUCUUGGCAAAAUGGUCAAAGAAGCCCAAAAUAAACUAUGUCCUCAUUUAUAACAGUCAUUUGACAUCAUCUAAAUAGUUUGUACAAUGAAAGAUCUCAAAUUCAGAAUGAUGCACAAGACUUAUCAUCAGUGUUUAACGUUCGCCUCCCAUGCUAGCAUGGGUGGGACAGUUUCACAAGAGCCAGCCAGGCCAAAGCCUGCACCAGACUUCUGUGACUGUUUUGGCAGGAUUUUUACAGCUGGAUGCCCUUUUUAAUACCAACCACUCAGCAGACAUGCUUAAUAAACUGUCAUAUCAGCAACACAAGCAAGCGUCUGCAAGCAUGUGUAGUUUACCAGAUACGGUGUCCCAAAUGCAGCAUCUAUUGCAUCAGCAGUACGGUUCAACCCUACACAUCCAACUGAAGGAAAACCUGGCAAUAAAUGUAUCUCAUUUCUGCAAGCACAUACUUAAAUGUGGCAACAGUAUCAACUGGUCACAGAGAGGAAUAUAGGAAUUCUCCAUAUCAAAGAAUCCUUGUUGGGCCAGUGGCACCUUCCACUACAAUGAUGAUUGAUACUGUUGCCUACAGUUAUCCUGUGUGCCACCAUGACAACCCACCACCAUUGCCUGUCAUGACAAGGAUUAUUGCGGCUACCUACCACCACCUUGUCACCAACUACUACAAGGACAUGUACCACCACUGCCAACAACAUCACCGUUGACAAUUACCUUCCCCUCUACAGCCAUCCAUCCACUACCACCCUUACUGUGGCCACCAGCAACACCAUAUUUUGGGAAACUGUUGCUGCUAUCACAGUCACAAGACUCAACAGGGCUACUGCCCAUUUGGCUAUCCAUAUGACGGAAUUUUUACGUUCUGAGUUCAAAUUCUGCCGAGGUCAACUUAGCCUUUCAUCUUUUUGCAGUCGAUAAAUUAAGUACCAGUUGCAUACUGGAGUCGAUCUAAUUGACUGGAACCCUCCCCAAAAAUUUUGGGCCUUGUGCUUAAAGUAGAAAAGAAUAUUCUUCUAUUAAUGGACCUUUGUGCUUGAAAUAUAUAAAGAUUUUCCAACUUCUUUCUUUGCAUUGUAAAAAGCUCUCUGCUUUUUUAUCUUUUAUUACACUAUUACUAAUUAUUAUUACCAUCAUCUUUCAGGGUCGAUAAGUUAAGUACCAGUGAAACACUGGGUCGAUGUAAUUGACUAGUCCCCUCCCAUCAAA